AGAUGGCGCUAUUAAAUGAAGUCGGUUGUCAGAAAGAAAUAGCAACGCAUAAAAUCGUUUGAUAUUCGUAUACAAUAUAAUAAUUUGGGACUGAAAGUCGAACAAAAAAAGAGUAGAAGUAGCAUAAUCCGAUAACAAUUUAUACAAAAUGUCUUCUUUAACUAAACCAAAAUCCGAAAUGACGCCGGAGGAACUGGCAAAAAGGGAGGAGGAAGAAUUUAAUACUGGACCUCUCUCGGUUCUAACACAGUCUGUGAAGAAUAACACUCAAGUGUUGAUAAAUUGCAGAAAUAAUAAGAAAUUGUUGGGACGAGUAAAGGCAUUUGAUAGACAUUGCAACAUGGUUUUGGAAAAUGUUAAGGAAAUGUGGACGGAACUUCCACGCACAGGAAAAGGCAAGAAAAAGGCAAAACCGGUAAAUAAAGACAGAUUUAUUCCAAAAAUGUUUCUACGUGGAGAUUCUGUCAUCUUAGUUCUAAGAAAUCCAUUGGCAACUGCAGCAGGAAAGUAAUAUAUUAAGGGUAAUUUUAAUAUAAAUUAAUAUUAAUGCUGUAAUAAAAAAAAUAAAAUUUGUACCAACGCGGAAAGUAUGUUAUUAUUUAUUAAAGCGUUUGACAUUCUUCUUCUUUGCAUAAAUCCUUAAUAUAAUUUAUAAUAGAAAAAAAUGUGAUAAGCAAACACACUGUUUUAUUUGUUAAGAAUUGUAUACAAGAUAUUAAUCCUUUUCAGCAAUUGCAGUUAAAUGCUUGUCAAUUUCUUGCUCAGUAAGAACACUGUAACAAAAAUGAUAAAACAUGACACAGUAAGAAUA